GGGCAGGGGCAGCACGGGGUUAGAUACAGAGUCUUGCUGCUGGUUUUUCCGGGCUGUCUCUGGGUCAUUGGGCCUGAGUGUCCGUGUGCAGUGUGUCGUUGUGAGUGACUGUCACUGUACUGUUGCAUUUCAGAGGAGUUUACCGGCCAUCCACCAAUGGCUGGAGCUGAGGAAGGUGGAGGCCCGAGCCCGUGUCGAGGAGGCAGCCGGAGGGAGUGAAAAAGACCCUGAGCUUCCCGAGGGAGAGGUGGGAUGUUCCCGCUGUCCGCCCGCAGCCCCCCUGCAGAUUCCGGACGGUGUGACCCUACUUGUGAAGCCCAGGCUCGGUCACCUGACCAAGAGGGAGUUACGCAGGUGUAAACGCCGGCCAUCCGCCACCAAACCCGUCCUCAUCCACCCGGCCGUGAAGAGGACCCCCUGCAAACAGCCGGGACCCCUGCUCCCCCCUCAGCCUGGGGCCCGACCUCCACCCCGCCUCAUCCAACCCGCCCCCUCGGUGCCCUUUCCCCCGCAGCCUCAGGCCGUGCCCACCCUGGCACCGGCUCGCCCUUGCCCCUCUCCCCGGCUGUGCGGGGGCUCCUCCGGCCGUAAACCGCGAGGGAGGAGGCCGGGGAGAGGGGAGGGCAGGGGCAGGAGGGGUGGGCCCCGACCCGCUAUCGUCCCGGUAACUGUCCAGCAGGCGCCGGUCAUCCUGACGGUCCCGGCCGGGGUGAAGCUGCUGAGCCUGCCGGCCGCGGGCAGCGUGCUGGACGUGGCGUCCGGCCACACCUUGCGGCUUGCCACCAUGAUCGUCAGCCAGCCCGCCUUCACCUGCCCCCUGCCCCGUCCCCCGGCCAGCGGUGACGGGGAACCGGGGAGCGGCGCCUGUUCCACCCUCCGCGCCGAGGCCGGGCAGAGAGAGGAGCCGGCAGUGAAGGUGGGCUGCCCGGGACCCCAGCUGGUAAACGGGGCUCUCGGCUCCGUGCCCGACCAGCCGGCGGUGAAAACUGAGCCAGCUGAAGGUACGGAUCCCGGCAAUCCCCAGGAAUCCGCAGUCCCGGAGCAGCCCCUGCCUCAGGUACCUCUUGCUCCAGAUAGCCCCCCUCGUGAUCAGGGAGCCCCCGGCACCAGCGAUAAGCAGCAGGUCCUGCUGAGGCUCGGUGAGGAGCUGGACGUGGGCAGCCCCCUGGAGAGUGUGAGCCGGCAGCCCCCUGUCCCGGAGAAAGCUGAGCCAGGCGCAGCCGAGGCCUCUCCCGGAGAGGAGAGGUGUCAGGAGCUCCUGGAGACGUCCCGGGAUGGUACCGAGGACACAGCCCCCAGUCCCGAGGAUCUGAAAUCUCUCCUGGACAAAGUGGAUAAGGAUGGCCCAGAGGAGGAAGAGGAAGAUGAUGAUUUCGAUGACCUGACGGAGGACGAGGAGGUUUUGUCUUCAGCCUCUGAGGAGUCAGCACUCUCUGUCCCUGAGCUCCAGGUGAGAGGUCAGGGAGGCAGGGGGCGCCUGUCCGCCCGCCUGUACGCCUGUCCGCCCGCCUGUACGCCUGUCCGCCCGCCCGCCUGUCCGCCCGCCCGCCCGCCCGCCCGUCUCUCCAUCUCUCCACCCGCCCCCCGUCUCUCCGCCUGCCCGCCCGCCCACCUGUCCGCCCACCCGCCCACCUGUCCGCCCGCCCGCCAGUCCGCCCGCCCGUCUCUCCAUCUCUCCACCCGCCCCCCGUCUCUCCGCCCGCCCGCCUCUCCGCCCGCCUCUCCGCCCGCCCUCCAGCCUGUUUGGCCCACCUGCCAUAUCUGCUACUGA